GUUUAUCUCCCUUAGAUUAGAUUCGCGUUAUGGCUGGCUGGCCCGAAACAUCCUUAAGAACCAGCCGCCUCUUGUCUACUGGAAAGGCAACAGCACCCUAAACAAAACACUAUACCACCAAACAGGAGGCCUUAAACACAGGCGAAACUAUACUCCUACCAUCCACCAAAGCAUUAAGAAAUCCAGUCAUACUAUUAUCGUGAAAAUAUAAGUAGAGCAAUGCUCUAUGACUACCCAAAAGGCAACAAUAAUAACAAAUUACUGCAGAAUUGGACAUAUAUAAGUUAAUACCGUCAACAAAAUCCAUUCAGUAUAUAAUAUAUUUGUAUUAUAUAUAAUAGUAGUUGAGCUUGGCAUUAUCGUCGAAGGAUCUGUGCUGUUUUAGACGGUAAUUUCUGGUGUUAAUUGCUAGAUUAGGAGACACACGCACAUAUAUGUAUGUUGAUGGUAAAAUGCAAUUAAGUUAAGGUGCUUCCUGGAAACAGCAUCUCGAACCUAUUUUCUUCCGCUUCCUCUUCGUCUUUAAUACUGUAUACACACACAGUUUUUCUGCUCAAUCGAGCAGAGUAGCUAACCACUCCCCUCUCUCUCUACACACACACGUAUAUAUAUAUAUAUAUAUAUAUAUAUAUAUCAUACACCUAGUUCUUGACUAGUGUGGUCGUGUCAGCGUAUAUAUACAUAUAUAUGUUUAGGACAGCAUAUAUAAGUGACUACUUGCUUUUGGCUAACUUCUAAAGAAGAAGGCAAAACAGCUGGACAUUACCGACAUGGAUGAUACCUGGACUUUACUCAUUCUUUCUUUGGCCAUGCUACUAGGAUGUUAUAUCUCUGGCGUUAUACCUUUGGCAUUCCAUUUCACAGAGACAAAAGUGAAAAUAGUUCCUGUUCUUGGGACGGGACUCUUAAUAGGAACAGCCUUGGCAGUAAUUAUUCCUGAAGGCGUACAUGUUAUGUAUUCGCAUCAUCACAACCAUGUACAUAGUCACAGCAUAGAGAAAAUGGACGUGAAAGAGGUCGUUGCAAAAGCUGCCAUUGCACAUUCUUCAAUACAUGAUGAACACUCACACAACACACACACCGACUCUGGCGGCACAGAAAACCAUGAGAAUGUCCACAGUUUGAUAGGAGUGGCACUGGUUGCCGGCUUCAUCACAAUGUUGCUUAUUGACCAACUGUUUGGCGGCUCUCAUGCUCACUCUGCCGCAGAUCCUGAACACAACCAAACAACUGUGCAGAACAGAAAUAAAUUCACAGCUACUCUAGGUUUAGUGAUACACGCUGCUGCUGACGGCAUUGCCCUGGGCGCUGCUGUCACAAUGUCUGAGGACCAUGUCACUUUGAUCGUCUUUCUGGCUAUCAUGUUACACAAGGCACCAGCCUCAUUUGGUUUAGUAUCAUUCCUCAUGCUUGAAGGUUUGGAGAGAGCUCGAAUCAAAAGACAUUUGCUUGCCUUUUCUGUCUCGGCGCCAUUGCUAUCGAUUCUCACAUAUUUGGGAUUGAGCCAACAAAAUAAAGAAACCCUGUCCGAUCUUCAUGCAACUGGACUUGCCCUUCUAUUCAGUGCCGGAACUUUCCUGUAUGUGGCCACGGUACACGUCUUGCCUGAAGUGGCCAACACUCCAGCGCAAACCACACACGAUGGCGUGACCAUCAUUCGAGAACAGAAAGGUUUUAACAAGAAGGAACUUUUUACAUUUGUGCUAGGGUCAGCCAUUCCUGUAAUGUUGGCUCUCGGCCACAAGCAUUGAGAGAUAUAUUUGUGUAUGUCUUUAGAGAAAAAUUUGAAAAUUAAAAAAAAAAAUUGGAAAAAAGAACUUGAAAAAAAA